CUACACUGAACUCAAUCCUCCUCAGCGGAGGAAAGCAGAGCACGGCACAGCAAAGCAGAGUCGCAGAGGGAUAGAUCCGAGCACAAGCAGGCCCCGAUGGCGACGACGGCGACGAACCGGCGGGUGAUCCUCAAGGAGUACGUGGAGGGAUAUCCUCGCGAGGAGCACAUGGAGCUGCUCCAGGGCGCCGAGGUUCCCCUCCGCCUGACGGGCGCCGAGCCGGCCGGGUCCGUCCUCGUCAGGAACCUCUACCUCUCCUGCGACCCCUACAUGCGGCCCAAGAUGUCGCGCCCGCUGCGGGAGUCCUACACGGCCGCCUUCGUCCCGGGCGACACCAUCACAGGCUACGGCGUCGCGCGCGUGGUCGACUCCUCCGACCCGCGCCUCGCGCCCGGGGACCUCGUCUGGGGCAUCACCGGCUGGGAGGACUACAGCGUCGUGACGCCGCCCGCCACCAGGCUCCUCUCCAAGAUCUCCCACCACGGGGUCGGGGAGGGGGCGGGCGUGCCGCUGUCCUACUACACCGGCAUCCUCGGCAUGCCGGGGCUCACCGCGUACGUGGGCUUCCACGAGAUCUGCGCGCCGAAGAAGGGCGAGACCGUGUUCGUGUCCGCCGCGUCCGGCGCCGUCGGCCAGCUGGUGGGCCAGUUCGCCAGGCUCGCCGGCUGCCACGUCGUCGGCAGCGCCGGGUCCCGGGAGAAGGUGGAGCUGCUCAAGACCAGGUUCGGCUUCCACGACGCCUUCAACUACAAGGAGGAGCCCGACCUCGGCGCCGCGCUCAAGCGCUGCUUCCCCGACGGCAUCGACAUCUACUUCGAGAACGUCGGCGGCGCCAUGCUCGACGCCGUCCUGCUCAACAUGCGCGUGCACGGACGGAUCGCCGUCUGCGGGCUCAUCUCGCAGUACAACCUGGCGGACGGGGAGAAGGACGCCGUGCGCAACCUCGCCGCCGUCAUCUCCAAGCGCCUCCGCCUGCAGGGGUUCAUCGAGCCCGACCACAAGCACCUCUACCCGCAGUACGAGGCGUGGGUGCUGCCGUACAUCAGGGACGGCACGCUCGCCUACGUCGAGGACGUCGCCGAGGGGCUCGAGAGCGCGCCCAAGGCGCUCAUAGGACUCUUCCACGGUCGCAACGUCGGAAAGCAGCUCGUCCGCGUCGCCGACGACGAGUGAGACGCGCCUCACUUCGAUUGGACCAGACGAUCCAUGUGUCACUGUUGCUAUGUUUCGAUUCCCCAUUUUCAUUUUAAUAAUUAAUUGUGCCAAUGGAUGCUUUUGUUCGGAAUAUAUGCUUUU